AAAACGGAAUGCGAGCGCAUGUCAACGGUCUGAAUGAUAUCACGUGCAAAGAGUUCUCCGUGGGGAGAUUUCGUCCUCCCCACGGAGACCUCUACCCAGGCAGAGCUGGCAAUACCGAAAAUGGCUUCCUACAAUCGACGCGCCCAGCUCCCCACGGAGCCCUCGACCCAGGCAGAGCUGGCAAUACCGAAAAUGGCUUCCUGCAAUCGAGGCGCUCGCUGUCCCUGUACCACCUCGAGCCGUGGUCCUCCACCUGGCGCUAGUGAACCGAGACAUGCGUGCGACACCUCACCUCCUAGGCUAUGGCAGAGUCCGAAAUCCGCCUUUUGGGCAUCGUUCGGGUUCCACUGGGCCGGCUCGAAUUCGUUGACGGCGUCGGAGAGCGAUUAUACGACAGGAAUCACACUGAUCGCCUCAAAAAGUUGUUCAAAAGAACUUCUAUUGAAGAUGCUAGUCACGAACAUUGGAUUGACGGCUACAUUGACGACACCGAGGUUCCGUCUGUCCUGAGAAAGUUAGGUCUGUCGCAACGGGAACUCGUACAGUCAAACGGAGACGGGAUAUAUCCUGCUUUAGAUGACCAAUUCGUGAGUUAUACCCAAGGUCGACACCGAAUCCUAGCAGCGAGCGAUACUGUGGCACAUUGGACCGUGUGUUUGUAUUCCAUAGAUCUACCUCGCAUCCGGGAGAAUUCGACGGUCAAAACUCGAACCGAACGGUACCAGCACGAAAAGGCCGACUCGGAUGGGCGCAUAUAUCAUAAGCUCCGAGAGUGUAUUGGCCAUGACCUGGAGUACUUCAAAUGGUAUCAACGACUGAGCGAGAACAAACAGUAUGUCUUUGAUUCAAUCAGUCAGCGCCGAGACAUCGCCUCAGCUCUUGACGACCUCAAAGUAUUUCGUGGCAUGACGGAGUUCCUAUAUCUCGGCAGCUGGAAAAAGAUUUUCACUUCUCGCCUAGACGAAGAAUGUCUCGCUGGUCUCCGGCAUAUCUACACAGAGUGGUCAAACCUUACCUGUGGCGAUCGAGAUAUACAAUGGACACUUGACAAAGAAACGGUGGUGCUAUUGGAAGGCUGCACUCCUGCCGCCAGUCCCUUAGAUCGCCGGGCAAUCCGAGAGGGCUUUGGCACCAACCAGGCACUUGUUGGUGUGACCGACGUGCAAAGAAGACGCGAGAUAGAGCGGCGAGCGCUGGCUGCCCCGGGCAUGAUACCCGGCUUAAGAUUACUGCAACAGAACAUGAUCUAUCUAGGCAUCGCUGCUGAAAUUUUAUGGUCCCAUGUCAUCCCAAAGGAUGCUAGAACGGCGAAGCGAAAUCUGAGGAAAACCUUGCGGGCGACAUUGCGCGGCCACUGGGUCGAGACAGCACCGUAUGUCGAGAUCCACGAAGGGGUGUUUCGGCCCGCACGAGGCCCGCCCUCUUUUGACCUUGCCUAUACUCAGCUCGUGUUGGCCGCUCUUCGUCAAUUUCCUUAUUUGAGCUUCGAAAGGCCCAAGACCGAAGGUGGACCAAAGCCGCUCAUGUCAUUUGAUCCCAAGUGUGUAGCUCUCCUUCAUAGGCGAGCGAAGCUCCUAGGGUUCCGCAGCUCGGCCAUAGACGCGGGCGCUGCCCGGCAAUCGUCACCAUUCCAACCGCAGUCCUGGACAGUUGAUCUAGAGGUCGACGCAUUCAACGAGUCCGGAUCUCACCAACGUGCAGAGUGUCAGUGGGGCAAGCCCUGCACAGAUGUUUAUCGGACCAUCCAGACGUCGGCUUUUCUUCCGACCAUGCAUCGCGCGCCCGAGGAUCAAAUGGACGUGCUCUAUGGGCUGCGGGCCAUGCUCCGAGCUUGCUUCGUUCCCUGCAGAUAUGAACUUGAUCUCGGGCGUCCAAUGCUGUUCAUCAAUGAAAAUCGACCAACCCAGCAUGUUACUGCGGAUGCGGCACCAAACAGUCCCCAGCGUCAGCUUUGCCGGAGCUGUUUGCGAUAUCUCGAGGAAUGGACCGACGGGGUCUACGAUGGCAAUUUAGGCCAGACAAUGGCACCCUUCUCAGCUUCCGCAGUGGACGUGCACGAUGACUCGCUGCCUCCAGACGACCUCGCUAGUGAGGGGCUCAUCUCCCAUCGUAGCAUGCCAGAGGAGCUCAACCAUGAUCAACCACAGAAUCCUUUCGCAUUUGCUGCCCGAGUCAAUCAGACUAUCCUGUCGGAUAGCUCGGUUUACUCGCGUGGGCCGGACACCGAUAUAGCUAACAUGUCCGCGUCGUCCCUUGAGCAUCGUUUAGGUGAUAGCCCCUUGAGUCUCCCAAUUCAUCUACUGCAAUUCUCCUCCCCGGAUACCUCGCCACACCCGGAUUCUUCCAGCCCUGUUGCCCAACAAUGCUUCCCUGCUGGACAAACAUCGCUUGACGCGGCCGGUCGCAUGCCACCAUUGCCCGAUGCGAGGGAUCGACAACGUCAAUGCGAUGCAAAGGAUCGUUCAGGACACGGGUCACUGUCGACCAAAGGAAAGGGUAAAUUGUCACCCCGACGUUCCGCACGGCCUCGUUCUCCGAUCCUGGGCACCAGGCCCCCUUCUGCGUCCUGCCGAGUCACCAAGCUGUGCCAGUCCCAUCAACGACCCCAUAUAUUACAACCGGUGAGAGGACUUGCACCAAAUUCGAAGCGGCGUGAUGCAACUAGUCACGGCAGUAGCCCGUCGCAUUCUGCCGACAGUUCUCCGCUGGCUGCCAGUCCUGUGCGGCCCCGUUCAAAGGUCCCUUCCACAAGGCCCCAUUCCCCGACCUCCCGAGUCACCAAGCGUUCCCGGAACCGUCAAGUAGCAGACAGAAGUCAUACAAUCGAGAGACUUUCUCCAGACCUCCUUGCACAGUCUACGAGCAAUCACUGCAGUAGUACGUCGCAGCCUAACAACGGAUCUGAACGACCCCGUUCUGAAAUCCCCCCCACCCGCUCCCCUUCUGCGCACUCCAGAGCCACCAAGCUUCCCGGGUACUAUGAACGACCAGACGGACUACGAAGGUUCAAAAAGCAUUCUCCACGUGCCGUUGCACAAUUUCCGAGGCGUGGUUCGACUGAUUUCCGCCGUAGCCCAUCGCAGCCUGCCAGCGAAUCUUCGUUGAUAGCUAGUCCGGUACGACCCCGUUCUGAGGUCCCUAUUGCCGUGUCUUCAUCUGCGUCGCCCCGAUUCACGAAGCGCUCCCGGUCCCAUCAACGAUUCGACGGACUGCAAGCGAACGGAGGGGUUUCUCCAGGCACUUUCGCCCAUUCUGAGUCGGGUGCUACAACUGGUUGCUGGAGUUGGUCAAGUUCUGCCACCAGGUCUACGCCACCGCACUUUUCGUCCGGUCAGUGGGAGCGGAGACCGUCUGGCUACCCGAGAGACAUGGCAAAUGCUCCCCUCUAUCGCCAUGGAUCGCCGCCGAGGGAGGCUUACGGCCAGCUAUCAGGAACGCAAGGCUUUGAGGAUAGCGAAGAAGAUUUCGUGUCUGUCAAUUUGAAUGAGUGACCUGGCUAUCGCUAGCUGGCUUACGACCGGCAAACGGAAGUUGCCGUGCAUCUCAAGGUACCAAAGGGGCGACGCAGCACGUCGUGCCGGCCGCGGCUCUGUAAAUAGCGUCAUGUGCUUCCCUGUGGUAAUGGACAAGCGUGUUGAACUAUGAGCCCCAAUCCUGUAGGCUGUAUGUCUCGACUCGUUCCCCCCCGCCUCAGCGCUGCCGGCCGCAUGAAGAGACAUCUUUACAAGCUCCGCGUCCGUGUAUGCCGCGGCCACGACAACAUAUGACCAUCCGCUGAAAUACUAGGCAGCGGACAACCUGUUCGCCGCGGCUAUGUUCUCAAUCCGCUGUCCUGGGAAACUGCGAGUUGGCCCCACGGCAGCAGAGAGCACGCCGUAGCCGAAGAGGAAUCUUCUCUGCUUGGCAGCCCAUGCAGCAGUAGCCUUCACUGCCCUUGUGAAGUGCUUGCCAAUCAGUAGAUGCUGGGGAGUCGCGACUCGACCCUAGAGCUGUCGCAAUCCAGCCCCUCACUUCUUGCCGCCCAGAUACCUCUUCGCGGCUUCCUAUUGGACUUCGCCAGUUCGACCAGAAAGCUGGGUCCCUUGUUCACGAAGAGCAUUGCAUAUUUCAGUUGCUC